AGCAGUUUUCUCUCACCAAAACAAAGAAGAAAUCUCUCUAUAUUGAUUAUGUCAAAAGAUUUAUGCAAUUAAUAAACACAAAAUUGUGAAUCUCUUCUUCUUCUUUUUUAAUCAAAGAAAGAAUAGGAAUAUUAGAAGAAAAAAAUGUCUAAAUCAUCGUACAAGAUCAUGUUCUUCUUAAUCAUCAUCGUCUUCUUGGGUUUGGGUUUAAGAUCAUCAGCGUUUACGAAUCUAAACACUUUAAGCUUUGAAGAAUCACUUUCUCCUCUCUUCGGCGAUGCCAAUCUCGUUCGUUCACCUGAUGAUCUCUCCGUUCGUCUCCUCCUCGAUCGAUACACCGGUUCUGGUUUCAUAUCAUCGAAUAUGUAUCAACAUGGAUUUUACAGCUCCAUGAUCAAGCUUCCCGCCGAUUAUACUGCCGGCGUCGUCGUCGCCUUUUAUACAUCAAACGGAGACGUGUUCGAGAAAACACACGACGAAUUAGACAUAGAGUUUCUAGGGAACAUAAAAGGAAAGCCAUGGAGGUUUCAGACAAAUCUAUACGGAAACGGAAGUACACAUAGAGGUCGUGAAGAAAGAUAUCGUCUCUGGUUCGAUCCUUCUAAAGAGUUUCAUCGUUACAGCAUCCUCUGGACUCCUCACAAAAUCAUAUUUUGGGUAGACGAUGUGCCAAUAAGAGAAGUGAUAAGAAGCGAAGCAAUGGGAGCAGAUUAUCCGGCGAAGCCAAUGUCUCUCUACGCCACCAUCUGGGACGCCUCCGAUUGGGCUACUUCCGGCGGCAAAUACAAAGCUAAUUACAAAUUUGCCCCUUUCGUCGCCGAAUUCAAAUCCUUCUCCCUCGACGGCUGCUCGGUCGAUCCGAUCCAAGAAGUCCCCACCGAUUGCUCCGAUUCCGUCGAGUUUCUCGAAUCGCAAGACUACUCCUCCAUCAAUUCUCGUCAACGCGCCGCCAUGAGAAGAUUCCGGCAACGGUUCAUGUACUAUUCUUACUGUUACGAUACGGUUAGGUACCCGGAGCCACCGCCGGAGUGCGUGAUUGUUCCGGCGGAGAAGGAUAGGUUUAGGGAUACGGGGAGGUUGAAAUUCGGUGGUACGGAGGCGCGUGAACGGCGGAGGAAUCGCCGGCAGCAACGGCCGGUGAUUGAGAGUGAUCCUGACGAAAGAAGACUUUUAUAAGUUUUGUGCCGUUUUUUUUUUACUUGUUAAAAUUGGUUUGUGAGUAAUAAUAAAAGAGUAAAGAUUUGGAAAGAAAAAAAAUAGAGAAGAUGUAACAUCAGUGUAAUUUAUAAAAUCAAAUCAAAAAUAUUUAUAUUAAGGCCAGUUAAGCCC